GACCGUGAGGCGGGCAUGCGUCGUGGAGUGGUGGCUGGUUGAUGCUACGGUGUGUCAGUAGCUCCCAGCGUCCAGCAUGGACGGCGUCGCUGCCAAAUGUCGUAGUUGGCUGGCGUUGAGAUGGUUGGUGGUGGCGGCUGUCCUCAUCACGGCGUGGAUGACGGUAGCUACAAGUGGCAGCCAUUUCUCCUUCACACGAUCAAGGGACUUAGGUGGCAGUAAACCGAUUGAAGAACAUUGUUUAUCCCAGGACACACGGCGUCGCCUGGCAGCUUCCCUCACCAAGAUCCAACGACUCAUGAGCGGCGGCCAGUCAGGCAGCGAUGAAGUCGGACGGUGGUCGAGGGAGGUGGGGAGGGUUGUGGCGGAGCUGGAUCCUCGCCUGGCCCGGGAGAACCUGCGGCCCCCUACUCUGGUGUGCUCAGACCACCACAACGGCACCAAGUUCUUGGUAAACAACUGCAAAGGAGUUCCCCGCCUCGCUCAGGUGGUGAGUGUGGUGGUGCCAGCGAGGGGGUGGCAGCCCUCCAGAGUGUCGCAGGUGCUACAUGGCCUCGCUGCUCACCACAACCUCACCACCAUCCUCAUCCUGGCUGACGACGACCCCACGCCAGACACCAACGGCAUGACGCUCGUACAGAGAUAUGAUCACGCGGUGAGUGACGGGAAGGCGCUCAAUGACGCCAUCGCGUUAGUGAACACCUCCUUCGUUCUCGUGGCCACGUCCUUGGCUCACUACUCAUGGCUUCACUCGCCCCUGGAGCGCCUGGUGAGGGUGCUGGACCGUCUGGGUGGUGAAGGAGUAGCCGGAGGCAGUUAUCGUGACGAGCAAGGACAGUGGCGCCACGGGUGCCUUCAGCGUUCCAUCACCAACUAUCAUGCCACUUUCCUCCGUGGUUACCAACACUCUAUUCUGGAGUGUAUGUACUGUGACGAAGUGCUGGGCCCCUUCCUGGCCAGUACCCACCUCCUCCAGCAGCAUCCCUUCCCCGACGAGGUGAGCGGUCCCGCGCUCUAUCGCGAAUGGCACACCAAAGUGACCCAGGCGGGUUACCUCACACUGGCCUGCCCCGACGUCAUGUUUUUCUUACAAGAGGAACCCAUCAUGAACACUGCCGACUGGAAUACUUACGCCACUCGCAUGUCCAUCCAGACCAUCCACUCCUAUGAUGGUAAAGAGUAUAAGUUCAAGUGCAGCGAUGUGCACAUAAAGUGUGACGACCUGCGCAAAACUAUCACAUGGUACCUGAUACCGCUGUGCUGCCGAGAGGCCAUCAUGCACGGCAUCACCAUCCUCGAUGACUUCGCGCGAGAGAAGGGGCUGUUGUACGAGAUGAGUCACGGCUCCUUGCUGGGCGCCGUCAAGCUGGGCACAUACCUGCCCUGGGACUUUGACCAAGACAUCUACUACGACUGUAAGGACCGACGAAUCUGGGAGACCAUCAACGAGUUCUUGAAGGCGCGCAACACCGGCUGCCACCUGCGGGUGUCCAACGACAGGAAGCUGCUGGUCCUUCAGUGCACCACGUUCUUCGUGGACAUGCCGUGCAGGAAGCCACUCUCCAGUCACACACUCCCAGCUGUCUACAGGAACGUCACCACGUGGAUAGACUACGGUGGGCGGCGAGUGAGCGUCAUGGCCAAUCCUGGCAGUGCCGCCAGGGACCAGGCCGGCCCUGACAACCUCCGCCACGCCCAACACUGGCGAGUCCCAGGCCACCCUGACCCUGGAGCCUGGAGACCCUGCCAGAACCCCACAGACCAAGCCUGCCUCGACCACCACCCAGCUGACGGCAGCCUCGCCUUCACCAGCCCCCCCAUGUGCCUGCCCUGACACCCCUUCCCCACCACCAAAGUGAUCUAGCUGCUCCUACAUUCCCACACACAUUAAAGGGUCCUUCCCUCCCCCAGCACCACCACCACAAGGGGCUGGGGGAGAGUAUCAUAAUCACGUUGUGUUGUUCGCUGGUAUAUCUUGAUGCCUUCACACUCAUAGCUGUGUGCAGUGUCGAGGGAGACUUAUUAUCAGUGUCGAAGGAUAAGUGUUGUGAGUGCGAUAUUUGUAUACUCUUAGAAAUAAAUUAUAAAUAACAAA